AUGUCCUCCUCCCACGAGGCAGAAUCGGUCGCGACUAGCGAAUAUGAGAGCGAUCUUAACUCAGACGCUCUUCAUGAACACGACUUGCUCCGUCUUGACCCUCACAUCGACUCCAGUUCGGACUCCGAUUCGGACUAUGAUUCAGAAAGCGACAGUGAUGAUCGUGUCUGGUUACGCACGAUGUGUUACCCAAGCUGCGGCCUCUGCAGAUUCGAAUUUGAUGCUGGUGAAGAGUUUGUUGUUUACAAGCCAGGGAGUAAACGUUAUCCCCGCAUCUGGUAUGGCAAGUACGAUCCUCUCUUUGAGAGCCGUCUUGUGCUUGAGUACGGAUAUCACCCAGCAUGUGUUGCACUACUCAACCCCAAAACGUUGACCAAAAACUGGCCAUCCGUUCUGUUUGAGGCUACCGGCGGGCUCCAGGUCUUUUUUCGGCCUCCUGCCUCUUGGACUAAGCGUCGCACACGAUGGAUGAAGGAAUCAAUUGCCAUGGAUCUGAGACAGUCUCUCGGUGGUCGUCUCCCGGAGGAGAUAUGCCAAUACAUUGCGAGCUUCUGUAUGCGCGAACGAGCCUGCCAAAUUCUCCGAGAUCUUUGGUUAGACCCCAGCCGUCCCAAAGUUCAUUACCCAGUCAUACGCUUUGGGAGGAAUACUUCUGUCUGGGCGCAGCAUGUCGAGAUUGAAGGGCAGCGUUAUGUCAAGUCUUUGUCAACCCGUCGUCUCGCUAAACAAGACGCAUUGGUCUUCAAGGCCAGAUUCAGGAAGAGGGCCGCUAAUGAUAGACCCGAGGCUUCUGUAAACAUCUAUCAUGGUGAGGACCAUCUAGGAAUACGCGAGGUUAUUAUCACAGAGGAUGAUGAGCUGCCCCCUCUGAACAUGGACUCAGGGCUCUCGUGGGCAAUCUAUCGCCACCAAGAGACUCCAUUUCGGCUCGCACUACAAAUCGAUGCAAUCAAGCUGUGGUUCUUGAGAGUCUACCAUACUCAUGAGCCCGACAUGAGGUACAAACCAAGAUGUUGGGGAGUUCUUCCAGAUCACUUUGAUUCAUUUCCACAGAUUCCUCUAGCAGCGCGUUCCCACCACCAUGAUCGCCUCUACUACGAGUCUGUUCGUGCUGUAGACUGGAACUCUCCUGGCAUCUGCGGGUACUCCUUCUACGUGGAUGAAAACCUGAUUCGUGGCAUCGUUUCGCACAAGUUUGGGGAACCAGAACCGCAGACAAGGGACGAGUACGGCCAAACCGACGAUUUAUGGUUUCACAUGCCAAUAGACCCUGAUGAACGAGUCUCUGAACUCUGGCUUCGCAAGGGAAGGCAUAGAUUUCUCGGCCGAGAAGAGGUCGAGACACUCAUCGUUCGAACAACCAAGGGACGUAGCUUUACUCCUGGCCUCGAUAAUACCUGUGGCUUUCCCAUUGAUGGAACCCUCAGAUUCACGUACAAGGCAAUUGCCAUUUUACCACCAGCAGGGCCUUUUCGCAUGUUUUAUUGCAGAGCCAAUCAUUUGUGGACCUAUUUUGCUUUCGAGCGACCUUCUGAGCACGAUAGUAAGGGGGAUCUUCAAGGUGUGACUUCAUGGGAUCAACGGGAGAUACAAUAUUCAUUCCCUGCCUCUGACAACCUGCUUAUUGACCCCCACAAUUUUGUCACCACAUCAGCGAGCCUGAGCGACGUCAGAACUAUCACCCCUUGCCGAGGGUGGAAAUACGAAUUCGCUGGUCAAGUCGUCGGACUUUUAUUGACAUAUGGUGAUGGCCGUCAGAGCUGUGUUGGACAAGUGCGUCUUGAUUGCCUCAGCACUCCCUUGUCGGUUUCUUCAAACAACUUCUGGCUAGGCUGCACGAACAGAAAGAUAAAAUCGUACUCAUGGAACAUGAAGUUCACCCUUUUAUAUGUCUCUGAACCACUUCCCAGCGAGGAUACGGAGUACAUUGAAAUCCCAUUGAGAGGAAGGCUCGAAUGGGCAGUUUCGAGCUGGAGGAGUGCUGUCCGGCAUGCUGAGGAAGAGGAGCUGUGGGAUGAAAUCGGCCAAGUUAUGGCCGGUCGGAAGGCCGCACCGGAGUACGCUGACCUAGAGAUCAACACAUUCGCUGUGCCGAUUCGUGUCAGGGAGACCGAUCCUUGA